AUGAAUACUGAGGCCGACUUCGAGUGGAACAAGAUGCAUCAUUCUCCACCUUCUAGAUAUUCAAUAUAUCUCAAAGAAGAGAUAACCUUCUUGAAGGGCCAUUGGCCAGGGAAAAGCGAAUGGGUCGCACUUGCCCAGCAGCGUGAGGUGGCUGAGGGAACGGCACGUGAAGUCAGUUCCCUAAAGCAUGGACUUGCCACCCAGGAAGCGCAGAUGGGCGAGCUGCGUGAAACCAACGCCAAGAUUGCCGGUGACCUACAGGUCACGAAGGAAGCACGAGACAAGCUUACCACCGAGCUGGAGCAAGAAACAGCACAGGUGGUCAAGUACGUGCAGAAGAAGGAUUGGUACUCACGUACCAACAAGGACCUCAAGGCCAAGUACGAGAGCUUACUGGCCGAGAAUGAGGAACUUGUGAGGGGUCGCGAGAACCUUAUGGAGAUGACGCCAACUCUGAGCAAUUCGACUCCGACGCCCUCAACAGGAUCGAGGUACAGAACUAUUAGACAGCGGAGGCGUCUGAGAUCAUUUUACAUAAAGUCCCACUCAUCCCCGUAG